UUUCACCAGAUCCACAUGAGACUCUAGCAUAGAAAAUACUGCUUUGCGUUUGAUUUUAAUCUCCAUUUGCACUGCUCUCCUCCUGUCUCAUUUUCCUAAGAUUUAUAAACCACAAAAACAGAAGAGAGGAAGAAACAGGAAUGAAAUGAUGAAGGACUUUCAUUCCGAGAGCUCUCAGAUGUACAAAUAGCUAUUUUAAAAUUCCAAUAAGCACCAGAAAAUACUUUAAAAUAUAGUCCAUCAUGGAUUACAAGGCUGGAGGUAAAAGGAAGCAGCAGCAUAGUUUGAAUUUACUAGAUCAACUAAAAUGUAUGAAAGAUUUAACUGAAAUGAUUGAUGUGGUGUUAGUGGCUGAAGAAAAAAAAUUCCCUUGCCACAAAUUGAUCCUGGCUGCUUUUAGCCCCUAUUUCAAAGCAAUGUUUACUUGUGGGUUGAUGGAAUGCGCACAGAGAGAAGUUGUGCUACAUGACAUAGCAGCUGAAAGUAUAUCUGUCCUCCUGCACUACAUGUACACUUCUGACUUGCAUCUCACAAAUUGUAAUGUACAAAAUGUGGCCACUGCUGCCUUUUUUAUGCAGAUGGACGAUGUGUUUAGUCAAUGUCAAACCUACAUGAUGGACCACAUUGAAGCUUCCAACUCUGUAGGGAUCUAUUAUUUUGCAAAGCACAUUGGGGCAGAAGAACUAUCUGAACGAGCCAGGAAAUAUUUGUAUCAGCACUUUACUGAGGUGAGCCAGCAUGAAGAAAUACUAGAGAUAGAAGCUCAGCAACUGCUAAGCCUGAUCAGAUCCGAUGAUCUGAAUGUAUCCAGAGAAGAGAGCAUCUUGGACUUAGUCCUUAGAUGGGUUAACCACAGUCGGAAGUUGCGUGCAGAUCAUCUCAUUGAGCUCUUGAAGCAAGUAAGGCUGGAACUUGUAAGUCCUUCAUUCCUAGUGGAAGCUCGGAAAAGGAACACAGUGCUUCUGAGUAAUUCUCAGUGUAUAGACAUGAUUGAGGGAGCCUUAGAAAAUAUGAAAAAAUCCAAUCAACUUUCCCUCAGCCUCCGGUAUGGCAUGGAGACCACUACACUUCUCCUUUGCAUUGGCAAUAACUCAGGGGGGAUCCGAUCAAGGAAAGGUAAUUAUGCUGAGGCCAGCUUCUGUUACGCACCUCUAACGCAAAAGACCUACUUCAUUUCCUCUCCAAAAUAUGCAGAAGGCCUUGGCAGUAUAUACACCGGUGUGGUUACUGAGGUCAACAGAAUUGUUGUUGCAGGGGAGGCGAGUGCUGCCAAGAUGUCUAGACAAAAGACCAGGAAGAUUGAAAUUUAUAGGUUUGUAUGGGGGGGGCACUAAGACACAAAAUAUUCCUAUAUCGUUUCUUCUCCCCAACACUUAAAAUUACAAAGGGCCAUAUAGAAGGAAAGAUUCAAGUGCUGUAUGAAUUAAAGCUUUUCCUCUAAGCCUAUGAUAGAACUUCUAACAUCAAAGUGAAAUUUCUAACAUCAAAAUUAACCAAUGAAUAAUCUUCCUCUGGCUCCUUUUCUAGAUCAGUUAUAAUGAUGGAAGACAACCUUAACUAAAUGCAAAAAUGUUUUGGACAAUUCUACUUUAUAAAUUACGUUUGAAAAGUUAAAAGGCAUUGUGAAGGGAUUAAGUUCUUGUGGAAUAUUUAUAAAAGUUGGAUGGAAUCCUCCACUAUUGUUUUAUACACAUUCCAUUGGCUUCUAAAUUGACUGAAUACAGCAUAUACUAUAUUUAUAUCUAUAUAUUUAAAACAGGUCUGUCAAGCAGAGUUAUUUCAGGUUGUGAA